AUGCCUUCUCAUCCAGUUGUGCCAUGUUUCGCCUCUUUCAACUAUGCCACCGGGGAAGUGGUUGAGUUUAUGCCUGGCGAUCGGUCACCUCCCUCCGACGAGGCUCACAACAGCAACGGCGACGAGUCACCCAGCCUGGGGAGCCGCCAGUUUCCGGGUCAAUCGGCAGCCAGCUCAAGGCAUCGCAGCAGCCGCAGUAGAUCCGGGCAGCGAAGGAGUCGCCGAAGACGACAUCGAAUGCUUCCGGUCUAUCGUUACUUUAAGCCGCGAACUUUGCAAUUUACAGCUGCUUCUGUGCCGUCCUCUUUAAAGUCAACAGCACAUGAACGAAAUGGACCAUCCAUGAUCAACUUGGCUCCAGGCACUGUAAUGGCCUCAGAUGCUCACCGCACCCUUGCGAGCUCUAGUUUGCGGUCUUGUGACCCAUCCAACGACUCUUCUGGGCCGGAUCCGGAUCAUAAAGACUCCCAACCAGUAGAGCUUGCUGCUGGUCGUCCUUUGGCUUCACGGCCAAGUGCCGCAGCGGCCACCCCAAUGGCUGUAAAAGCUGCCUCUAUGGCACGGUUAUACUCUUCGCCGCAGUCUAUGCCCCGAAAACCCCCUUCCACAACCCUCGAGUUGCUCCAGCCUCGACCAGGACUUUCGUCAACGAAGAGUAGUCUUAGUCGGGAUCCCUUUUCCCAAUCACGAGCCCUUAGAAAGAUCGAUCUUCGCUCACCCCUCUAUUAUUCAGCAGCUUCUGUACCGGCUUUGGCUACUCCUGGAGUGUUCAGGGAUGAGGUAAGCAGCAUAUAG